AUGAUCAUCGCCGCAAUUCACAACUCCAUCGACAAGGAGCUCAAGCGGCGUGUGGACGCGGCGGGGCCGCACCCCUAUGAGGCCGCUGAGCUGGCGGAGACGUUCAAGGCCGCGCGGGCUAUAGCAGAAGAGGAGACUGACAUCUGGUCGCCGGCAUUUGCCGGGCAGCUGCCGGAGGCUGCAGGAGUCGCUGCGGCGCGCCUGCACUCCCUGCUAGGGGCGCGGUACCUGCCGUUCCUGGGGGGCAUGUCCCUUGAGCAGGAGGGGCUGGAGAUUGGCGGGGGCAUCAUCUAG